AGCUCAACCAGAAGUAUGUGAGCUGUUUCUGUUCCUCCAAACUAUCCAGAACAAACUCCAGAAUGAGUUCUUUGUUUCGUAGUGAGGAGAUGUGUCUCGUGCAGCUGUUUUUUCAAACCGAAUCGGCUCACAAUUGCAUCAGUGAACUUGGACAUCUUGGAUUGGUUCAGUUUAAAGAUCUGAAUCCUGGUGUAACAACCUUUCAGAGGCGAUUUGUGAAAGAAGUGAAGAAAUGUGAAGAAAUGGAGAGAAUUCUGAGGUAUCUUGAGAAGGAGAUGGUGAAAUCUAACAUUGUAAUUGCUGCAACAAAGGAGAAGGAGAUGGUGCCAUGUGCCAGAGAUGUUCUGGAGCUUGAGUCCACAUUUGAGAAGUUGGAGCGGGAACUGCGAGAAAUCAACCGUAACCAUGCCACACUCAGACAGAACCUCAUUGAGCUGAUGGACAUUGACUCUCUGCUGAGGAUGACUGAAUACUUCUUUGAAGAGGCCGAGUCGCUGCUGACCUACUCUGAGCCUCCCUCUGAAGACUCUGUGUCUAUGACCGUCUCAUCACACAUAACCAGCCGCAGAAACAGCAACUCCAGCACCUCUGGAGCUCUACAUCUUAGCUUUAUUGCAGGUGUUAUCAAACAAGAAAGGUUUCCUGCUUUCGAAAAGGUUCUUUGGCGCCUUUUUCAUGGAAAUUUUGUCCUUCGGCAUGCAGAGAUUCAGGCCACCGAGGAAUUCCAAGCGGUGAGGGGUGCUGUGAAGAAGGACGUGUUCAUUAUUUUUGUCCAGGGAGGUCGUGUGCGAGAAAAAAUCAGAAAAGUCUGUGAAGGAUUUCGUGCCAGCUUGUACUCAUGCCCCAAAACUCUGUAUGAACGCAAGCAAAUGAGCAACAGCGUAAUGACACAAAUGCAAGAUCUUCGAAUGAUCCUGAGAAGAACUGAAGAAUAUCGUGCCGGUGUCUUGACGCGAGCAGCGAAGCACGUCCAGGAGUGGAGCAGUAAAGUGAAGAAGAUGAAGGCCAUCUACUACACCCUCAAUCUCUGCAACAUAGACAUCACGCAGAAGCUGAUCGUGGCAGAAAUCUGGUGUCCUGUGUCAGAUCUCGCUAUAGUUCAAAACGCCCUCAUUAAGGGAUCUGAGCAGAGCGGAUCCAGUGUGACUCCAGUACUGAACCGAAUCCAAACCCAGCAAACUCCACCGACCUUCAACAGAACUAACACAUUUACUGAGGGAUUCCAGACUAUUAUUGACGCCUAUGGGGUCGGCACUUAUCAGGAGAUCAAUCCAGCUCCAUGCACUAUUGUAACCUUCCCUUUCCUGUUUGCGGUGAUGUUUGGAGAUUGUGGUCAUGGACUGGUGAUGACGCUGUUUGCAGUCUGGGUCAUUUCACAGGCUGAAUCUUUCAGAAAAUGGAAAAAUGAGGUCACAGAUGUCUUGAUCGGGGGACGUUAUAUUAUUCUGCUCAUGGGAAUGUUCUCCAUUUACACUGGUCUGAUUUACAACGACUGCUUCUCCAAGUCCUUCAACAUUUUCGGCUCUUCCUGGUGUGUUCGGCGCAUGUUUCAUCCUCAUGGCCCUUGGCAAAACGAAACGCUGCUAGAGUAUAACCAUCUUCAGCUGAACCCAUUUGUGCCUGGAGUUUAUUCUGGAGCCCCGUAUGUGUUUGGAAUUGACCCGGUUUGGAAUAUUGCAUCAAACAAGCUGUCCUUUCUCAACUCCUUCAAGAUGAAGAUGUCAGUCAUACUGGGAGUCAGUCACAUGCUCUUUGGAGUCACCCUGAGUUUGGUCAACUUUGUACAUUUCCGAAAAUUCCAGGCCAUUUUCCUUCAGUUUGUUCCCCAGCUGAUCUUCAUGCUGUCUCUCUUUGGAUACCUGAUCUUCCUCAUCCUCUAUAAAUGGUGCAUCACUCUACGCUCUGAAACGGCUCCCAGCAUUCUGCUGCUCUUCAUCAACAUGAUGCUGUUUGAUUACCAGUCUGAACAUCUGCUUCUCUACGGAGGACAGAAAGGGCUUCAGAUCUUCUUGGUUUUGACGGCGGUGCUCAUGGUUCCUGUGCUGCUCCUGGUCAAACCCUUCCUCAUCUACAGGACCCGCAUGAAGACCAGACACCAGGUGUUGGGGAACAAUCUGAAUGAUCAGCAUGGCAGAGAAACACGCUCGUCCUUCUCACAUCAUCAGAAGGAUGAGAUGGUAAGUAUGGGAGACAUCUUUGUGUAUCAGGCCAUCCACACAGUCGAGUUCUGCCUGGGCUGCAUCUCCAACACGGCCUCGUAUCUCCGGCUCUGGGCGCUCAGUCUGGCUCACGCAGAGCUGUCGGAGGUGCUUUGGAGGAUGGUUCUCCAGGUGGGCCUGAAGAUUUCCUCUGGUAUGGGUUCACUCAUGCUGGUAGUGCUGUUUGCAGCAUUCGCUGUUCUCACCGUGACUAUUCUUCUGGUUAUGGAGGGCCUGUCUGCCUUUAUGCAUGCUUUACGACUACACUGGGUUGAAUUUCAGAACAAGUUUUACGAGGGAUCCGGCUACAAGUUCACACCCUUGUCCUUUGACAGCCUGUUAAAAACACAGCAGUAAUAGUUUUUAUUCGUGCUAUUCUUGUAGUUUUUAUUGUAAAUAUAUUUUUUGUGAAUGUAACAAAUGCAUAUUUCAAAUCAGGAGUCUUCAACAGGGAUCUCACUAGAAUGGUGUAAAAUGAAAUUUGAAAAUGUGCAAGAUUUAGAUGAGUUUGUUAGUUCAUCAGAACAGAUCUGGAGAAAUGUAUAGCGUUACAGUACAUCACAUUACAAAGGAUCCUCUGCAGUGAAUGGGUGCCGUCAGAAUGAGAGUCCAAACAGCUGAUAAAAACAUCACAAUAAUCCACAAGUAAUCCAGUCCAUCAAUUAGCAUCUUAAGAAGUGAAAAGCCAACAUUGCUCCUGGCUAAAAUAUUAAACAUUUUGAUGUGAGAGGACAAAAGGAGAUUGGCUCUUUCACUGGAGGAAGCUUUAUUAUGGAUUAUGGACUGGUAUUUUGGCCAGAAGCGACAGGUUAACAUCAAAACACUUUAAUGAUGGAUUUGUUUAUUACAAACAUGCAUAUUUGAAUUUAACAGACAUUAAAUGUGUGGAUAGACUCAUGUGGAUUACUGUGAUUUUUAGACUCUCAUUCUGACGGCACCCAUUCACUGCAGAGAAUCCAUUUGUGAGGAAGUGAUGUAAUGCUACAUUUCUCCAAAUCUGUUCUGAUGAAGAAACAAACUCUAUUUCUGUUUACAGUAUACAGUAAUACUGUAACUUCAACAUUAAUGUAAAUGUUUUUUUUUAUUAUUAUAGAAAACAUUUGUCAAUAUAUAAAUAAAAAUUAUAGAUUGAAAAAAAGCCACAAAAAGACAACAAUUGCAAAAUGUAGCUUAUAUUAAUGCUGUUGACCUAAAGUAUAAAAUAGUUUUAGACCACCCUAGUUAGCUGCAAAAUAAACUGUACAAAUGUGGAGCAGACUGAAUGAGUUUACUUUGUAACAUGCAUCUAAUACGACCGGUGUCAUAUAAUCAUUCACAAGAGGUGGAUUCGUGAAUUUAUGUUAAUAAACUACACUUGGUGUGUUAAUUUUUUGUAUACUUGCACAUUACCUAAAGGAUGUACAGAACUAACAUUUUCUAAGACAGCAUUCACUGGGUGAAAUACUGAUUUUGAGGUUGUAGGAUCAUGCACGUUGAAAAUUGAUGGCAUUUUAAAUAAACAUGAAUAAGAUGCUACCAUGUUCAUGAUUCACCAUUGACUGGCUCCUGACUG